AUGGUUGCACCCGCCAAUGCGGCGCAUGUCCCCGUGCUGCAUGGUGGCAUUACUACGCCGCGCCGUCAUUCGCGCAUCGUCCCGCCACGCACGUCGUCCGCUCCGUCGCUCUGCCUUACUACUGCCGCCGUCUCGCGCUACUGCCCUACGCUCGGCGUCACGCCCGCCUCUCUCAGCGCCCUUCGCAGCCCAGCGAGGCGCCUUGCCGCCCGUGGGGGCGCGCGUGGCGGCGUGCAGUGCAGCGCGGACGUGCCCGACUACCUGCCCGCCUCCUGGGCACGUGGCACGGACCGCAAGCCUCUGGGGCCCAGGCUAGAGUGGAGUGCGGAGGAGGCGGUGCGGCAGCAGCUGUGUGCGCUGCAGAGCAACGACGACCCGUACCCCGACCACGGCGUGGAGGUCAUGUACCGCUUUGCAGGGUUCGACCCAUUUGAGCGAUCGCGGUACUUUGGCCCGCGCUUUGACCUGGGCCAGUUUGAGAGGUUCCGGCGGCUCUUCCACCACACGCACUACCGUGUGCUGCUCUCCCACAAGCGCCACCGCCUCCUCUCCUCCUUCUACGUCUCCCCAGCGCGCGUGAAACAGAGGGUGGAGGUGGAGGGCGUGCGGCCAGGCGAGGUGGAGGUAUUUGAGUUCACGCUGGAGCAGGUGGGGCACAGGGUGGGCACACCAGUGCACACAACACAUGGGGGUUCGUGUGUGCAGGGGGGAGCAGGCGGGGGGGACAGGGUUGCUGGCUCGUUUGUGUGA